CUAUCUCGAUUCAUGUAAGCUAAUGUGAAGAAAAUGUCAAUUGUGGUUAUACCAAUGUAAUAAUUUCUAGUUGUUUGUGUACCCGCUGUUGAUGACUUGUAUAUUACAUGAAAUUACAGGUGCUGCAAUGUUAGCCCCUAUGGUUAAUCCAUAUGAGUCACACAUGACUAAAGAUGAGAUGAAAAGAACUUGGGAGAAGUGGCUUCCAAGGAGAAAAUAUAUGUAUUCCUUGGCUUAUAGAUUUCCAAAGCUUCUCUCUUUUUUCUAUCGGAAAAGUUUCUUGCCGGAAAAGCAUGACCGCGUUGACAAGCAAUUUUCACUUUCACUAGGAAAGAAGGAUGAAAUUCUUGUCGACGAACCUGCAUUCCAAGAGUUUUGGCAGAGGGAUUUAGAGGAGUCAGUUCGCCAGGGAAACAUGAAACCAUUUAUAGAGGAAGCUGUACUGCAGGUAUCUAAAUGGGAUUUCGACAUCGAAGAACUUCGUGUGCAUAAGAAGUGUCGAACAGGAAGCUUGCUUCUUUGGUUGAAGUCCAUGUACGGUCAGACAGAAUUUGAACCCGCAGGAUAUCUCGGCCGUAUACACAUAUGGCAGGGAUUGGACGAUAGGGUGGUCCCGCCAUCAAUGAUGGAAUACAUAGAAAGGGUGUUACCAGAAGCUGUAACUCACAAGCUUCCUAAUGAGGGUCACUUCUCCUAUUACUUUUUCUGUGAUGAAUGCCAUGAGAAGAUAUUCUCCACUCUUUUUGGAACUCCUCAAGGUCCGCUUGAACGACAAGAGGAAACUGCAUUUGAGAAAAACAUGGAAGAUGCUUUACAAGUAUCUGAUUCUGAUUUCUGAUAUGGAAUGAUGUGAAACUGAUGGUAUACACGAGUUCGGUUUGGAUGUAAAUAACACAGGCGGCUCCUAUAGGCAACACAGUAAAGCUUCAAAGGAUAGAGUUUUCAGUAUUCAGAAGGAUUCUUAAGUUUUGAGCCACAAAAGCUUUUGGAGAUAUAGGCGAAGCGUUUGCCAUGAUGAUGGCAUCUUUUGUUGCUCUUGUAGAGUCUACCGGAGCUUUCAUUGCCGUAUAUAGGCAUGCAAGUGCAACACCAUUACCGCCUUCUAUUCUUAGUCGAGGUAUCGGUUGGCAGGGAGUUGGCAUUUUGUUAUCAGGAUUGUUUGGAACAAUUACCGGAUCGUCCGUGUCUGUAGAAAAUGCAGGUCUUUUAAUCUCAAAUGACUGAGAUGAUAAUAUCACUAAAUGUCUCUAAAGGUGCAUUCUACUAUGUUGUUUAUCACUAUUAUUACUGGAUUUCAUUCUUGAUAGAGUUUUUCUUUCAUUUUGUGUCUAUAUGAGAUGGUAUUGUAGUUUUCAUUCCAAGCUAGCUUUAUAAAAAGAGCAAUAUAGUAUGAGUGAUGAAAAGUCAUUGAAUAUGUUAGUCUAUUUUUCUUUAUCAAGAAAGACAAAUAUAGGUGUGAGCAAACUUAGGCUGUUUCUGGAAGAAAUACUACA